ACAGACACGGAGGGGGCGGGAGGAGGUGGCAGCCGGCACAGAUCCUGGGAGGGGUAGGGCCAAGGAGGCUCACAUCACAGCCCUCCUCACACACACACACACACACACAGAGGCAUUUCCAGCCGCCGCGGCUCCUGCUAGCAAAGCAAACUCCGCCAGGUCCCUUCUUGCAAAGGAGCGUCCUUGGCUCCCCUCGGGGAGGAGGCUCGGAUCCCGGCUCUCCCCGGCCCCGAGCGCGGGGGGCGGCUGAGCGAGGCUCGCUGGUGCCAAAGCUCGCCCUGGCCUGACUCCCUCGGCUCCCCUGGGCUGGAGCAUCUGGAUCCGUCUCACUUCAGGGUAGGGGCUGAUGCCGGACACGACAACUCCCCCUGCUGCGGCUUUGUGCGGGAGUUUAUUUUUUUAGCAAAUCGCCUUUCCUGCAACGUUUUUGAUUUUUUGUUUUGUUUUGCUAGAUCCACCCCCGCCCCCUCCCCGAACUGCUGGAUGCGGGGUUUCUCUUAAGUUUGCAUCAGCGCCCCCCCCCCUCCAAACAGCAGAUCCGCCGGAUCAAAGGACGAGCCCCGGGGCACGAGCUCUGCAUCUGCUUAUUAACUGCAGCCGGGCAGGGGGGCGAGGCGGCCGGGACAGACAGACCGACGGACGGCGGAGAAGCCGAGAUGCAGCCGACCGGGGCGCCUCUCUGCCUCCUUCUGCUCUGCCAGCUGUGCCCGGGCAAGGUUUCAGCCCGCCAAGGCUGCAAGAGCGGACGCUUAACCUCCCUUGGGGGCUGCUGCGACCUCUGCCCCCAGGGCUAUGGGGUGGCUGUCCCGUGCGGCAGCUCCAACACGGAGUGCGAGCCCUGCAGAGAGAAUGGGACGUUCUCCUCCAUCAGCAGCGCCACGGAGCCGUGCCAGCCGUGCUCACGGUGCCCAGAGCACGUGCCGGUGGCAGAGGCGUGCACCCCCACCCAUGACACUGUGUGCGCCCCCCAGUGCGCCCCCGGCCACUACCUGCCCGCGGAGAACGGGAGCAGCAGCCAAUGCCUGCCUUGCCAGGUGUGCGGGCAGGGCUAUGGGGCAGCGACGCCGUGCAGGCCUACGGACAACACUGUCUGCCAAAAGUGCCCGGAGGGCUUUUACUCGGAGGAGAAGAGCUACGCAGCGCCGUGCCUGCCCUGCCGGCUGGAGUGCAACGAGGACGAGGUGAUGAUCCGCGCCUGCAGCCCAGUGUCGGACACACUGUGCAUGGACAGAGAGCUGCAGAUCCUGAAGCGCACGGAGGGGGACCCCCGCAAGGAUCACCCCAAGAAGCCCCCGCUGUCUGAGUCAGAGGGCAGCGCCUCCCCCAACAACUCCUCCGAGUUCCUCCCGCCGCUGCCGGACAACAGCAAGAACAUCAUCCCCGUCUACUGCUCUAUCCUGGCCGCGGUGGUGGUGGGGCUCCUGGCCUAUGUGGCUUUCAAAUGCUGGAACACCUGCCAGCAGAAGAAGCAGCUGGCCAAAGCCCGGGCUGGGGAGCUGGGGGCCUCCCCCGAGGGCGAGAAGCUGCACAGCGACAGCGGCGUCUUCCUCGACACGCACAGCCUGCAGGAGCACCACCCGCUCAACAAGGCGCACAAGGCUGAGACCCGGCUGUACAGCGCCCUGCCACCCCCCAAGCAGGAGGAGGUGGAGCAGCUGCUGGAGAGCUCCAGCCACGGCAAGGACUGGCGCUGCCUGGCCAGCCAGCUGGGCUACGAGGAAGAGGCCAUCGACACCUUCGGCCGGGGCGAAGCCCCCGCCCACACCCUUCUCUCCGACUGGUCCGCCAAGGAGGGAGCCACGCUGGAGGCCCUGUGCGCAGCCCUGGCCGGCAUCGAGCGGCCGGACGUGGUGGAGAACUUGACCGGCCCCACUGAGGCCAGCUCGGUGGUGUAAUGGCCGGGGCAAGCCAGCAGGGGGACGCCCCCCCCCCCGCGAGAACGGGACUCGCCAGGAAUUUUAAAUGGCAACAAAAAAGAAAAGGGGGGAGGGGAACAAAUGUUGUUAAUUAUAAGGGAACUUUAAAAAAAAAAAGCAACGAAACAAACAAAAAAAGCCAUGGAGCAGCGGCCUUUGGAGGGACCAGGUGGAGCACCAUGAUGUGACUGGCACGUGAGCCCACCGUCCCCUACCGGCGGCGACCGGACCUGCGGGUACCACACGCUGUCCCCUGUCGGUGGCCAUCGGGCCUGCGGGUACCACAUGCUGUGGCAGCAGGGGAGCGAUGCCUUAAUAUUGGGCAGCCUUUUUAGCGCCAAUGGACGAGACCUGGGAUUCUGGGGCCAAAGGCUCUGGGUCCUCGCCCCGCUUGACCAUGGGCUUGGGAGAGAGCCAGCCCCUGAGGUGAGCGGGUGGGUGAUGCCUCACAGCCGGGCAGGGAGAGAGGCUGGCGUUGCUGGAGAGGGAGGGGAGUUUGUGGGGAUGGGUUCUCUGCCCCUUUGACUCUGUCCCGUCUGGCCUGGUGCAGCUCCCGCCUUGUCAUGUGGUUUCCUUCCGUCACGUGGCCAUUGUAACCCCUGGGGAUUAACCAUGGGCUUUCCCCUUCCCUGUGCGCCGUCUGGAAGAGCCCUCAGCCAUACGGGGAGCCUGUGGACCCUGACCUGCCAGGGCCAAGCCAUUCACCCUCCCCAUGCCUAGGGCUUGCUCGCAAAGGACGGUUCCCAGAAUCCGUUAGGGUGCUGCCCUUGGGGUGGGGCCUCAUGGACAUUGCCUGUAGCCCUUUUAGGGGUUCAGCCCUUUGCCCUUGGGCCCAGUGGCAUUUGGGGACUUCCAAGUGACCCAGCAACCUCCCUUCAGCCAGAAACCAGAGAGGGAACGGGGGUGGGAGAACCAGCCGGCUGCUCCUUUGACCCUGCGGCCCCCAGACAGCACUGCUGGUGAUCCCCCUGCCAUGGGAUUCAGGACCCCGAUGCUGGGAAGUGCUGGCUGAGCCUGGCACUAGGCACAGGCCAUUAUAGUUAGGCCUUUGCCCCCAGGUGCCAAGAUGGUGCCAUGUCCCCUGCCCCACAGAAUGCCUGUUGGGGUGGCCGUGCCAGCCUGCCCCUGGCGGGUCACCACCCGCCUGCCUGUGUCCCAAACUGUGCUCUGUGACUGCCCUCUGCUGAGCUGCUUGGCACGCUGCCCCGGGUCCCGGCUGCCCCCAGCACCAACCGCUGGAGCCUCAGCCCUGCCAGCUGGUCAGCCCUGGCUCCACAAAUGGUUCCCCUACAAUAAGACCUUCUCCCUGCCCCUGCACUGGAGGAAUGAAACCAGCCCCUGCCCCCCCUUCCCCCCCCCCCGCAGGUCUGCAACGCUUGGCAAAGUGUUUCCGCGUGAGCCCAGUGGGGCUGAACCGCCGCGGGAGAGCGGGCUGCAGAGCGGCACCUCGCCAGUGAAUGGAACCAGCCUGCCAGAGCAACCAUGGCCCCAAAAGCUCACCAAGUCCCACACCGGCUGGACCUCCCUAGCCUUAAUUUCCUGGGCUCAGCCCAUGGCCAGAGGCUGGCUGAGUCGGUGCGAGCCUGGCUCCUGCUAGUGACUGUAAUAGGCUGCUGGGGCCAGACUGCUGUACCCCAAGAAGUAGCUGCCCCACUGUUGGGUGCAGCAGGUCCUCAGGUCAAUCCCUCGUGAGAGCCGUGCUACGAUCCCUGCUGGGCGUGCAAUGGGCUCUUCCGGGGCAAGGUAACGGCAGACCUUGCCCUGUGUUAUUGCUCUGCUGCGUACUUUGGAGAAUUGGGGCAGGGAGGGUGUGGUCUCGUGGGGCGCCCGCCCCACAGGUGAUCAGCUGCAGCAGGGCUGGUCUAAUGGGACCUUCGGGAAGGGCUAAGUAGCACGGGAAUGCACAUCAGCUUUAGCCUGUACGCUACGGGCUCCUCUUCCUUUUCUUCUUCUUCGUUUUAGGACGGUUUUUGAUGUACUUGACUUCUCUGCCUGAUCUAGUGUUGUAUCGUCCGCCCUCGCGUUGUGUAUGACUCUGCCGUGUCGGAGGACAUGGGUGUAAUGCUCACGUGUUGCAAACCGAUUGCAUUAAACGCGCCAUCGGUGGA